AUGUCAUUACAUUUACUUUUACAGAUGAAUAUUUAUCUUAUACAAACUCUUCGAAUGACUCAUCGAGGAAUGAAACAUAUUCAGUUACACACAAGACAGAAUCCAAAAACUGGACAGGAAUCAAAAGUUCUUCGCUUUGUCGCUGACGAAAUGCAUCUUGGUAAAGUCGUUGCUAAAACUGGCCACGUUUACGGAUCUCCAAAUAGCGACCUCAACAUUCAAGGAUCGAGAGUAAUUAUUAAAGGUGCUCAAAACGGAAGUCGGUUUCUGCUACAGGAUGGCGAAUGUAAAUUUGAAAAUGUCGAUCAGUUUUUUAUUGGCAGCGAAAAAAACCCCUUUUUUAGCGCCAAAUAUCCGCAGUUCAAUAUUGAUGAACGCAUUAAACGUCUUUCAACCAAAGAGAUUGCUACAAACAAAAUUCGUUCGCCAAUAAACAAGAAUCUGACUGUUACAGCCGAAAAUAUAGCGUUACGAGGAAUGGAGCGAAUUCAACUGGUUGCAGAUGCAAUAUCAGUCGACGCGGAAACCCGCAUUGUUAUUCGGCCUACAGAUGAUGAAAGUCACUUAAACUUCCAAGCUAAAAAAAUAAAGUUUGGCGCUUCAACCGUACCAUUGCCUAUCAGCAAGUCACCCUUACUGGAGGCGUCAAUAGAUGCCUAUCGACUAUGUAUAUGUAAUGCCCAUGCGCCAAAACUCUUUGCAGUAGCUGGGAAUCGGGAAUGCAAAUACGAUGGUCCAUUUUGCAAAUAA